GGAUGGCCCCGGAAGCCCGGUGAGGAGUUACUCCAGCCGCCUUGCUCCGGUAGUCGCGCUUCAUUCUCUCCGUCUCCGUGUCCCCGCUCCCUUCGGCGGCCAUGGGCCUCCCGCCGAAGCUCCAGAUCUUGCUCUACACCGUCAAUACGCUGCUGCGCAAGCGGCGCUACCACGCCGCGCUGGCCGUGCUCAAGGGCUUCCGCAACGGAGCCGUCUAUGGAGCUAAAAUCCGUGCACCCCAUGCUCUGGUCAUGACGUUUCUCUUCAGAAGCGGAAGCCUAAAGGAGAAGCUCAAGGCAAUUGUUCAGGCCACAUACACGCAUUCCCGAAACCUGGCUUACUUUGUUUUUACCUACAAGGGCCUGUGUGCCUUGCAGUCCCGUGUGCAGGGACAGACCUUCCAGUUCCAUUCCUUCCUGGCAGCCUGUGUCGGCGGCUGGUUGGUGUUCGGAGAAAAUAACAGCAUCAACAGUCAGAUUAACAUGUACCUGCUGUCUCGAAUCCUUUUUGGACUGGCCCGGCUAGCAGUUGAGAAAGGCUUCAUCCCAGAGCCAAAACAGGAUCCCUUCCCUUUGUUUUCUGCUGUCGUCUGGGGACUCGUCCUCUGGCUCUUUCAGUACCACAGACACACCCUUCAGCCAUCUCUGCAGUCCUCCAUGACAUACCUCUAUGAUGACAGCAAUGUGUGGCAUGACAUUUCUGAUUUCCUUAUUUAUAAUAAAAGCAGCCCUGGGAAAUAAUCCAUAGGCCUCGGGAAACUUGGAUAGUGAUAUCCUCUGGUCUGGCCAGGGUAAAAGUAGGUAAUUUUUUUGUUGUUGGUCUAUCAUAUAAACCUAAAGGUUUUCAGAUUGGCUUUUGCCACGUCCUGAAUUAAUUUCUUGGUAAUUUUUUAAACAAACACUAUGCAACCUACUGGUCAACAGAAAUUUCCUAUAGAGACUAGAGAUGAUUUAUUUUGUUCUCUAGGGUUCAUUCAUGUUUAGUUUCAUUGGUAACAGGGGUCCUAACUUGUUUUACAAAGUAAAGAAUUGUUUUUUUUUUAAAUCAAGGUACUUACUAUGUAAUGAUAGGGAGCUAUUUAGACCAUCAGUGGAAUACAAAUCUUUUUCAUUAAAAAAAAAAAA